AUGUGCUCUUACGUAGUCGAAGAGUUUUGCCACAAAGAAAUGAAAUUGAUGAGACUGGAAUCAUUGGUCAAUCCUCUUUUAGACGAGAAUGAUCUUGUUGGCCUUAGUUAUCUACUAACACAGGCAGUUGACGCGAUGAGGGCUGUAGAAAAUAGUCGGCCCUUUCAUUUUCCUGUGGAUAAAAAACGCUACCCUGUGAGUCGUAUGCUUAUUUUUAUUUUUAUUUAUCCGCUCUCGCACUAUUAUAAGAAAAUUCAACGCCCCUUGGACUUGAGCACAUUGGAGAGACUAGUCAAAGAAAAUAGAUAUCAUAGUCGAGAUGAGUUUUUUGUUGAUGCUGAUCUGCUAGUCUCCAACUGCAUCGCUUUUAAUGGAGCUGACAGCCCACUGACUACAGUUGCCACUCGAAUGUUAGAUGCAGCUCACUCUCGGCUCAAAGAGAGUAAAGAGACUCUUGAUACUAUAGAGGCAAAUAUUAAAAGGUUCGAUAUCAAUAAUGACCUAUUGCAAAUUACCUUUAUUUUUUUCAAAUUUGUUUCUUUCAUAUUGCUUGUUUUCUUUGAUGGCUAUCACAAGCAUUUACACCCGUUAUUUAUGUGA